AUGAAAGUCAAGAGAUUUGGAAACCAGAAGAUUCCGGCUCUUUUCCCGGAUGACGUAACCAGUAGGCGUGGCUUGGUGUUGCAGGGACAGUCCAGAGAGGGGGAGGUGUCUUUGCAAACCUCAAGCCACGCCCCUCUCCUAAUACCACGCCUCAUCAACGCCCACGCGGAGGAGCCGACGAGCAGGACCCUCCUCAGAACGCCCACUCGAAAGGCGCCCACCGAACCCGCAUCCUUACGUCGACGCACCCGGAGUGAUAAAGAUGUUAGGAGAAUAGAUGGAGAGCAGGACAGACGAUUGAAUUUCCUCGAAGAAAGGUUCCAUAACCUUCAGGGAAGCCAGGGCUCCCUCAACGGCGCCGCAGGGCCAGGGGCAGCCGACGACGAUUCCCGUCCUUCGCCCACCUUCGUCGGGGCAUACCAGAAGUCCAAUAGGCGCGUGGAGGGGCGAAGAGGCCGCAGCUGGUGGGAGUGGAAGGCGGCGGAGGAGCGGAGGAUGCUGCAGCAGAGCGGCGACGAGGGCGACGACGAACUGACCAGCUUGGAGAGCGAGAGCCUGAGGCGGCGCGCACACCAGCCGUUCCUGCCCAAGAUUCGCGAGAAUCUACCGGGUCCGGAGGGUGGAGGAGGGCGUGACGCUGGGUACGUCGUAGGGGGGGCAGACGGCGGGAUGAUGGGAGGUGGCGGAGGGGGAGGGGCGCCGGGGGUGCAGGUAGGAGGGGGCGCGAGGGGGCCGAGCGGUGGUGGCAGUGGCGGCAGUCCAGGGCUGCGCGUGACGAGGGAGGAUCGCGCCGACCAGCCGCCACUCCCGCACCAGCCGCGCCGCCAGCCGCUCCUCCUGCAGCAGCACCACUUCCUGCCUCAGCAGCAGCAGGAACAGCCGCGUCGCGCCGCCAACCCCGAGCUCACGGGUGUCAGUCCCAGUGGUGUGAGGACCAGCGACGCGACCCACUGCCCUCCUCCGCCGUCGCCCGCGCACUCGCCGCACGCGCACCCCGCCGGCCAGCCCAAGAAGGUCACUAUCACGUCAUUCACUCAGCCCAAACUCACUGUCGUUGCCCCCCGUGCGGGACCCCCCAACCCCGCCGCGGACCCCCGAUACACGCCCACGCCCGUCGCGCUCGUGCACGCCGCGCCCGCCCAGCAGUUGCCUCCUCCCGGAGCGGAGAUCAAAGCACCUGCGCCGGCCGGGACCGUCCUUCAUCCCUUGCUCGCUAAGGGCGUCCCUGCUCCUUCUGCGCCUCCCAAGCAUCUGGUCUACGCCGACGCAGACGAGCGGCGAGCUCAGAGGGUGCAGCACAGACCCCAAGGAAAGUCCCCGCGUAGGGCCGAGGAUCAGCACCUGCCUCAGAGAGAGCCGCAGCACGUGAUCGAGGAGCCCGUCGACGUUGUCAAGAGCCGGCAGACGGAAACCUCGAGUCCUGCGAGAGGGAAGGAGUCGCGUGCGCCCAAGAGAAACAGCAAGGGCGGCGACACAGGCCACGGGGGCGACCCUUUCCAGGAGGACGACGCCAAGGCCGAGCCGUCCAAGGGCCACCCGCGCAACCCCUUCAAUGGUGACAACGGAGACGCCCCUUUGAAGCCUGACGACGCCAAGGGCAGUCCACCCAAGGGGACCAGCGCCAAGGCCGACCACCCCAAGGGCAGCCACAACAGGGACGAGCCCGGCAGGAAAGAAGCCAGCAGGAAGGAGCCCAGUAGGAGGCCCGAGGCGAGCAAGAGUAGCCAGAACAGGAGCCUCGUCCCGGUCUCCAGCCCAAGUGUGUUCGUGACCCCCGGCAGCGGCAGACCUCCGGCAGUCUCGGCAUGGCAGAGUUCCUCCGGCCUCCCUGCCCUUCAUGGCCCCAGUAAGGGCUUCCCACAGCAGCAGCAGCAGCAGCAGCAGCAGCAGGGCGCCGGGGGCUCUCUCGUGUGGGUGAACCAGCCCGGCGGAGGCUCCAAGCUCGAGUGGAUGCCCUUUCCCGCUCUCGCCACCAUUAAGACCACACCCGCCCUCCCCGCCCACGACGAUCUCGAGCGCCAGAAAUACUAUGAGAGCGUAUCGGGGGCGGCGCCUAAGGGGAGGGGGGACCCAGGGGGAGGAGGGGGAGGGGGAGGGGGCGGGGCUGCCGCUGCCGCCACGAGUGAGCGCGUGACGCGUGCGGCCAGUGAUGUGCCACGUGCUAGUGAGUCCGCGCGCGCCCAACAAUCCCCGCGUGCGGCAGCCCACUCCUCACCCAGCGCCCACGUGCCUGCGGGCGUCCUCAAGAACCAACAUCCUCCUUCGUCCAGUCCAAAAAACGGGAUUAGUUCUGCCCCGGAGCUGCGGUCCGAGGGCAGAUUUGCUGACGGGGAGGAGGGCACGGUGCUGACGGUGGCGGGGCGGCAGAGCGGGCAGGUGGUGCGGAUCCGCGUGCGGCCGGAGGUGCACGCCUACCUGACGGGCCUCCCGACGGCGUACGUCGCCGCCAGCAUCAACGCCGCCACCGCCUCCUCCUCGGGACGCCGAGGAAGCCACCAGGAUAGCCAGAGCAGCUCCGGCUCGGCGCUGACGGGAGGCUCGGACGGCGGCGGCGAAGGUCGUGGACGAGUACACGCUCCUGCGACGCGCCGUUGA